AUGAGCCAGGUUGUGAGGGCAUUAGAAGGAGAUGUAUCGUUGGCUGAUCUAAACGAAGGAAUCAAGCCUGGACACAGUACAAUAUACAGUUCUCAUGAAAGUUCUGAUUACGACACAAGCCAAUACAAUGAAGAUAUGAAGAAAUUUAGGAAGAUGGCUUUCGAAACACAGGAGCAGGGAAGUAGCGAGUAUAGUGGAGGAAGAACUACGAGCGAAUAUGGUUUGAAUCCAUCCGGUUCAAGCGGUGAAGGAGUUGUUAACACGAGAGAAAUGGAAAUGGGGAGGUUGAAGAAAGACAGUUCAGAGUUCGAGCGAUUCCGAGAGUUGAGUUUAUACGGAGACGAUCAUGUAAUUUGUGUAAUUGAGGAUCCAAUGAACAAGAAUAAGAUCAUUGCAACUGGGAGUGUGUUCAUCGAGAGAAAGUUCAUUCGAAAUUGUGGAAAAGUUGCGCAUAUUGAAGAUAUCGUUGUCGAUUCCGCCGCUCGAGGGAUGAAUCUUGGGAAGAAGAUCGUAGGUUUCCUCACUGAUCAUGCUCAAUCGACUGGCUGUUAUAAGGUGAUUCUCGAUUGUAGCUUGGAGAACAAAACGUUUUAUGAAAAGUGUGGUUUCAAGCAAAAGGAAAUCCAGAUGGUUAGAUAUUUCAUUUGA